GCAGAUUUUAACAAAGAGCAACAUUAAAAUUUGGAGACUUCGUCACAGUUUUUUUCCUGAAUAUUUUGUUGUUUCAUUACUUGAUUUUUUUGGGUGAGAUUUCCUCUUAAUUGUUGUUUUAUAGAAUGGGGAUUGACACUGGACUCAACACUUCGAAUGACGACAUACCUUAUGGAGGAAAAAGUGCCUUUUCCCAACUGGAGCACAACAUAGUGGCUGGAUAUCUUAUUACUGCAGGCAUCAUCAGUCUAUUGAGUAACAUUGUCGUUCUUCUAAUGUUCGUAAAGUUUAAGGAGCUCCGGACUGCUACCAAUUUUAUCAUCAUCAACUUGGCUUUUACUGACAUUGGAGUGGCUGGCAUUGGUUACCCUAUGUCAGCUGCUUCCGACAUCCACGGAAACUGGAAAUUUGGCUACACUGGUUGCCAGAUUUAUGCAGCUCUCAACAUCUUCUUUGGCAUGGCUAGCAUUGGUCUGUUGACUGUGGUGGCCAUAGACCGAUACCUCACAAUUUGCAGGCCUGACAUAGGGCAGAAAAUGACGGUGCGUUCAUACAAUCUCCUUAUUCUGGCAGCAUGGCUUAACGCUUUAUUCUGGUCCACUAUGCCUAUAGUGGGCUGGGCUGGCUAUGCCCCAGACCCAACCGGAGCCACAUGCACCAUUAACUGGCGGCAGAAUGAUGCAUCCUUUAUUUCUUACACGAUGACAGUGAUUGCUGUGAACUUUGUCGUCCCUCUCUCCGUCAUGUUUUACUGCUACUACAACGUGUCUGUCACAGCGAACAGAUACAAAGCAAGCAACUGCCUAGAUAACAUUAAUAUUGACUGGUCGGAUCAGAUGGAUGUCACAAAGAUGUCCAUUGUGAUGAUCAUAAUGUUUUUAGUGGCCUGGUCUCCAUACUCCGCGGUGUGUCUCUGGGCAUCUUUUGGUGACCCCAAAACAAUUCCUGCACCCAUGGCUAUCAUCGCCCCUCUCUUUGCGAAGUCCUCCACCUUUUACAACCCCUGCAUUUAUGUAAUUGCUAACAAAAAAUUCCGAAGAGCCAUCAUAGGGAUGAUCCGGUGUCAAACCAGACAACAAAUCACCAUCAAUACUCAGGUUCCUCUGACAACUUCUCAACAACCUCUGGCUCAGUGAUAUGACUGCUUAAGUCAUAUCAGAAGAAGUGCUAUUCAGGGCAUGAAUACAUAUACAGUAUAAGGCAUAGAAUAAAUCACUAUCAGUGUUUCGUUUAAUCAUUGAGCACAUUUAAUCAGUUAUUUAUUCCAAUGAACAAUUGUGUAAGUUUAGCAUUCUCCAACUGACUUUCAAUAUUUUCAAGUCAAUGUUGCCCCUCUCAUGUACAGUAGCCAAGUAACUAAGUAAGGCCACGGUGUUUGAAACACCUCUCAGUGAGAUAUCAACACCAAUGCAAACUCAAAACUAUGAAAACAAAAUUAUUGGAACUGAAUUCAUGCUGACGUGUGAACCACCACACCAUGAGUGACAUUCAGCAAUUUGGAUAAUAUGUAUUUUCAUCACUUUAUUUUACCAGAAGAGUACUCGUGUACAGUAUUUCUUUGUACAAUAUGUUAGACAUUAAAUCAAUGAUACCUGACUUUACAUAUAGUUAAAUUAUGACGGAUUUGAAUACUACACCACUUGGAAAUUAAUGGACUUUACUGUGGUAAUUAAAGAAAAUUACUGCUGGUCACUUUCAGUCAUACGGUACAGUAGCCCAGUGCUUCUCAACUGGUAGAUCGAUCGGCCAGCAAUAUCCUUUUGGUGGUAUGUUAAACUCAUUUUAAACAUCCAUCCAUCCAUUCCUCCAUUCUCUGGUCCCCUUAUUCUCACUAGGGUCGCUGGCGUGCUGGAGCCUCUCCCAGCUAUCAUCGGGCAAGAGGCGAGGUACACCCCGAACUGGUUGCCAGCCAAUCGCAGGGCAAUUUAAAAACAUUUCAGUACAUUUAUAAUGUACUGUAUAGUCUCAGAGGCUAUUUUUAACCAGAAGACCUUUAUUGUUCUUAACUUUGUUAAAAAUGGGUCGUGACUUUGCAGCAAUAGGAAAAUGCGAGUCCCAUGGUGAUGCCAGUUGGGAACCAUUGCAUUAGCCAACAUGCACAAGUUGAAAUGAAUAAAAUUUAGAGCAUGGUACCAUA